AUGCUGACGUCAUCCCAUGCAAAGAGGCGCACGGGGGAAGAAGGACGGCCCAUUGCCAUCCACCCCUCGCAUCACAACACACCCACCUCCCACUCAAUCCAGAGCACAGCCCUCGAAAUCAGACAGCCUUGCACUCAUAACCUUGCCCAUGGUGCGCUUGCUGCUGCUUCUCCUGAUGCUCCUGCUCCUGCUGCUCCUGCUGCUCCUCCUGCUGCUCCUGCUGCUGCAGCUGCUCCUGCUCCUCCUCCUCCUGCUGCUGCUCCUGCCCCUGCUCCUGUUGCUCCCGCUCCUGCUUCUGCUUCUGCUGCUCUUGCCUCCGCUCCUGUAGCUCCCGCUCCUGCUCCUACUGCUGCUGCUCCUGCCCUUGCUCCUGUUGCUCCUGCUCCUGCUCCUACUGCUGCUGCUGCUCCUGAUCUUGCUCCUGCUGCUCCUGCUGCUCCUCCUGCUGCUCCUGCUGCUGCUCCUCCUGGCCCAUACCAAUCAUACCCAUCAUGCCCAUCCUACCCACACUACCCAUCAUGCCCACCCUACCCACACUACCCACCCUACCCACCAUACCCAGCCUACCCACCCUACCCUUCAUACCCCCCGGUGGACUGGGCCCCUCCCAUCGUAACCCCCGCCACCACGCAUCCUGUCUCAUCAUCAGACGAGUCGAUCGGAAGCUGCUUCGCAGGCUCCUCCCCGCGGCCAAGCACCCCCGGGAUGCUAAGGGGAGUGCUGCUGAGAACCCUCUCCGUUGGCAGCCCCUGCAGCAGUGCUCCUCCCACGCCCAUGGUGCACGACGAGGCGACUCAUAGGCUGGCACUGGCUUCCCCUAGGCCCAUGGGGCAUGAUGAGGUGACUGAGGGGAUGGCACCUGGUCCUGGCCCCAUGGCGCAUGGUGAGGUGACUCAAAAGCUGGCACUGGUUUCCGAGCGUAUGGAGGGGAAUCCUCUGGUCAUGGUACAGGGCGAGGCUCCUGUACCCACGGGUUGUGGUCAGGCUUCCCAUGGGACGGCUCUUGCGCCUGCACCCAUGUCGGGAGCUCCUAGGCUGCAAGCACCCAUCACGCAUGCACCCCUUCUGCAGGCACCCGCGGGGCAGCAGUCUUCUCGCCAAAGGCCACAGGUGCAACUGCUUCAGAUGCCAUCUAUGGAACGGCUGUGCCAGGAGCUGCAUGCGAGGAGGCAUCCCCUGCAAAGGGAUUCCACUGGGAGCUCUGAAAAAGCUGGCUCGCUGGAUUCGGUCGACAUUGACAUCUGUGUGGUGGAUGAGGAGGAGGAUGAUGAGCAUGAGACGUGCGAUCAAGUGGGAGAGAAGUUGGAUGGGCCCUCAUUAUUGGAUGGAUCCUCACCGUUGGAUGGAUCAUCACCGUUGGAUGGAUCCUCACCGUUGGACGGAUCCUCACUGUUGGAUACCCUAUCCCCAUUGGAUAGUUCCUCACCGUUGGAUGCACCCUCAUCGUUGGGUGGGUCCUCUGGUAUGGGUGGGCCCUCACCAUUGGAUGGGCCCGCAAUUCUUCAAGUGUGUGCUUAUAACGAAGACAAGGGGGUUCAAGGUGAAGUGUAUAGAAAUUGGUGGGAUGACCUCUUCCCAGAGAUGGUGGAUGAGGAUUUAGUAGCGGCGAUGCAAGGUUGA